AUGCUCAGUCGCAGGGCUUUGAUUGCAUCGAAAGUGGGAAUGGUUAAGUCAAAGAGAUUUGAAGGAAAAGUGGCCAUCGUCACCGCUUCCACGCAGGGAAUCGGUUUAGCCAUAGCCGAGAGGCUUGGCCUCGAGGGUGCAUCCGUUGUCGUCUCUUCUCGCAAAAAGCAAAACGUUGACGCGGCGGCGGAAAAUCUCAGGGCCAUAGGAGUUGAAGUGUUAGGGGUUGUUUGUCAUGUUUCUGAUCCUCAACAACGGAAGAACUUGAUCGACAAAACUGUGCAGAAGUAUGGAAAAAUAGAUGUUGUCGUGUCCAAUGCUGCUGCAAAUCCUUCUGUUGAUGCCAUCUUGCAGACAAAGGACACUGUCCUUGACAAGCUAUGGGAAAUAAAUGUCAAAGCUACUAUACUUCUUUUGAAGGAUGCGUUGCCUCACUUGCAAAAGGGUUCUUCUGUUGUUAUCAUUUCCUCAAUUGCUGGUUAUAACCCUCCACCUUCUUUGGCUAUGUAUGGAGUGACCAAAACGGCCCUUCUUGGACUUACGAAAGCCCUGGCUGCUGAGAUGGCCCCAGACACUCGUGUAAACUGUGUUGCUCCUGGUUUUGUGCCAACCAAUUUUGCUUCAUUCAUUACCACUAAUGAUGCCGUGAGGAAAGAGCUUGAAGGUAAAACAUUUCUUGGAAGACUUGGUACAACAGAAGACAUGGCUGCUGCAACAGCAUUUUUGGCAUCUGACGAUGCUUCUUAUAUAACAGGAGAGACUAUAGUGGUUGCUGGGGGAACUCCUUCCAGGUUGUAG